AUGUUGGUGGGCAAGGGAAGCGCUGCCCGAACUUUGCCACCAAGGAAAGGCUCGAUUUUCAUGGCAUCGAACAAGGCUCAAAAGGCCAACCUGAACAUGACCGUUCAUCCAGUGGAUGGACCUACUGGGUCUUUGGUGAAGCCGGGCGACGAGCAACCCAUCGGCUGGACGGAUCUCUACACGAGCCGCAACUUUGCGGUCAAGGUGGUGGUGGCCGGCGAGGACUAUCAUAUUCCGGAUGUGAGGCGUCGCACUGAGAUCCAGAUCAAGGGUCUCAAGGUGGCUCUUUCUGUCUCUCGUGUGGGAGAAUCGACGAUCCUGGCUCUAGAUGAUAUGUACUCCCCAGUGGCGGCCUUGCUCGACAGCAGCGCCUCCGAUGAUCGGUCCUCCACAUCGGAGCAAGCCUCUGUGGUGGAGGUGGAUAUUCAGUUGUGCCAGCUUGGAGUCUCUUUGGUCGACGAUCAGCCAACUCCCCAUGAGCUUUUGUUCAUCCACCUGGGCGACAUUCAGCUCGGAUACAAGCAGAACAUCACCGAAGAUUCAGAGCAGAUUCGCUUCCGGGUCAGGGAGCUGCAGGGCGUCUGCCAGCUGCCUGAGCGCGUGGAUGGCUCGAUGAUUGAGCACCGCAGGCAACACAAAGCAGGCGUCCUCCGAAAGGAGCUACCAGCAGUGAUCUUGGCAAACCAUGCAGAGAAGGAGGCCAACUUCCUGGACAUCAACAUCACCAGGGAAGCGACCUCAUCCCAGGACCUGGUGCUGCCUUCAGCUGAUGUGCUCAUGGACAAGUUGGAUGUCACCGUGGACUUUGAUUGGCUCUCGCCCUUGCUCAGCUGGUUGGAACGAGCGAUCCCACAGGACGCCAUGGACAGUGGAGUCAGCUGGGAUGAGAUGAAAACCAAAGUGGGCAGGUCCAUCACAUGGAACUACGAACCGCCUCUGGUCCCAGCCGUAGCGGAUGUCGACGCCUUGAAGUUGUCUGAGAUCGAUUUGACCGUUUGGUGCCGAUUGCCAUUGUCUAGCUUGGACUUCCUACCAGCACCGGUGCGCGGCAUCUUGCGAGUGCUCUCUGUGAGCAGCAACUUCACACUGAACGCAGCUUCUAUUCGGCUGCCUGAGAAGAAGCUGCCUGUCUACCGAGGGCCGCUGGAAAACCUGGGCUUGUGCAUUGCGCAGGACUAUGCGGCCUCCUUGUUGAAGAUUGUGAUGUCUCUGCUGGGCAAGAGCUCCUUGUUGAACGCGGGUGCCAUCCCACUGGCCAUGGGUGGCACUGCCGUGUCCAUGGUCACAGAUGGCGUGGGCAGCACCAUUCGAGGGGGCGCAGGUCUCCUGGAGCAUCUCACCAUGGAUGAGGACUAUCAUCAGAAGCAGAAGAUGGACCGGCAGCAGAAGGAGAUCAGCAGUGCCGCCGAUGGUUUCCGAGAGGCCGGCAAGUCCUUAGCCACGGGUUUUGAUGGUGCCCUCGACAUCUUCCGGAAGCCCGUGCAGGGCGCCCGGCAGGAUGGUGCCAAGGGCCUGGCGAUCGGCUGUGGCACAGGGAUUGCAGGCACUGUGGUGAAGCCAGUGGUCGGCGUGGGGAGUGCCGCCUCAGACAUCAUCACUGGCAUCUCUGCCGCCGCCACCUUUGACUCCCCAGCCAAGAAACGACGCCGCGAGCGUUGCCGGUGCCGUGGACCUCGAAUGCUCUACGGACAGUCCGCAGUGAUGCGAAAAUGGAGCGACUCGGAUUCCCAGCUCUUGCUGCAGCUGGGCGCCAUGGCAGAAGGAAUCCGGGAGAUCAUCCCACUGGCCUCCAGUGCUUUUCACCGCUACGUUUUGUUGCUCUACUCGGAUCGCUUGGUCGUGGCGAAGCUUCGAGGAUCGCGGGCCUCGUAUGGUCGCCAUUCCACACAGGUGGACCUGUCGGGCCGGAAGACCUCGGCCCGAAGCAUUGAAGGCCACGGGCACAACCACAAGCUGGAUGGGAGCUUCCCUGAGCUACUGCAGUCCAUGGACGAUGUGGUACAGAGGUGUAGCAGCGACCUCAGCUCAGUGCCACAGAAUCCACAUACGGGUCUGGCCCGGGGCUUGCUGUUCGAGGACAUGAAGGAAGCAAUCUUUUCAGAUAUCGAUGAAGAGCUGGUUGUGGAAGACUCUCAAGGCAACAGCCAUCACAUCCCCUUGAUGCUGGAGUCUGAUGCCAAGGAGGCCUUUCAGAAGCUCAUGCAGGAGGCCGCCGCUGGGCGACCUGACUGGCGCAGCUUUGCGCAUCGCUGGCGACCCGAAGAGGAGGUGCACGAAACUGCGAUUCGACCCAGGCAGCGGGAGGAUGGUCAGUUGCAGGUCAUUCAGCUGUGA